AUGAAGAAACAGGAUGAAGUGAGAAGGUUCAUCCAGAAGUUUGAUGUUGGGUUGGUUGGGAUCCUUGAGCAUAAGGUGAAGGGUGCCAAUCUUAACAAGCUUUACCAAAGAGUGUUUACAUGCUGGUGUUUUACAGGAAAUGUUAGUUUUCAUAAGGGAGGAAGAAUAGUGGUAGGUUGGAAACCUGGAAGUUUUAUUGUGAGUGUUGUAGCUGUUACAGCUCAGUUGAUUCAUUGUCAUGUCACCCCCAUUAGUGGUAAAAAUGGUUUUUAUUGCACAUUUGUAUAUGCAUUUAAUGAAAGCAAGCAGAGAAUUGAGCUAUGGAGAGACUUGAAGGUGUUAAACACACAGGAUCCUUGGAUUAUGUGUGGAGACUUCAAUUGUGUUAUGUCUAGUGAGGAGAGAAUAGGUGCACCUGUAAGGCAAGCUGAAAUAACUGAUAUUAAUAGUUGUAUGCAUGUUUGUAGUAUGGAGGAUGUGAAGAGUGUAGGGAACAUGUUUACCUGGAAUAACAAACAGCAGGGUUCUGCUAGGGUGUUUUCUAAGUUGGAUAGGGUGUUAGCUAAUCCAGCAUGGCAGAGUGAGUAUGUUGAUGCAAAGGUGUGUUUUAUAAAUGAAGGAGACUUUGACCAUUUCCCUGGUCUGCUUACAGUAUAUCCAAGACUUGCAGGAGGGAGGAAGCCAUUUAGAUAUUUCACAAUGUGGAAGACAGCUCCUACUUUCAAUACCAUCAUCCAGGAUGUAUGGAGGGAGCAGUUAACUGGAAGUAAGAUAUAUGUUCUAGUGACUAAAUUGAAGAAGGUUAAAGUUGUUCUGAAAGAGCUCAAUAAGAAGGGUUUUACUGAUAUCCAGGCUGCUGAAAUUAAAGCUCAUCAGGCAAUGUUAGAUGCUCAGCAAGCCAUGAACUCAAAUCCUACAAAUUCAAAGCUAGCUGAUCUAGAGUUAGAUGCCAUCAAGGAAUACAAAUUGCAUCAUCAAGUCUAUAUGGACUUCUUAAAGCAAAAAGCCAAGCUGGAGUGGAUCGAAGCUGGUGAUGAGAACACUUCUUUAUUCCAUCAGAGUAUCAAGGCCAGGACUGUUUAG